CUCCCAAACCCCAAACUCACACACAAUCCAUCCCCAUCUCCUCCCCUCAAAACGCAGACGCAUAUUACACAAUACAUAUAAUACGAUUCUUCCCGCCAAAUUAUGGCAGACUCGGACAACGAAUCGGGCGGCCACAACGGCGGCGAGUUGUCGGCGCGUGAGCAGGACAGGUUCCUCCCGAUCGCCAACGUCAGCAGGAUCAUGAAGAAGGCGUUGCCGGCGAACGCGAAGAUAUCGAAGGACGCGAAGGAGACGGUGCAGGAGUGUGUGUCGGAGUUCAUCAGCUUCGUGACCGGAGAGGCGUCGGACAAGUGUCAGAGAGAGAAGAGGAAGACGAUCAACGGCGACGAUUUGCUGUGGGCGAUGACGACGCUAGGGUUCGAGGAGUACGUGGAGCCUCUCAAAGUUUAUCUCGCCAAGUAUAGAGAGAUGGAGGGAGAGAGAACCGGUGGGGGAGGGAGAGAUGAGGGUGGGGGUGGGGGUGGUGGGGUCCAGAGCUGGGCCCACCAGGGCGGCGGCGGCGGUGGUGGUGCGGGGCAGUAUCAGCAGUAUAAUGGUGGUGGGGGGAAUAGUAAUCAGGGACAGGUGUAUGGUUCAGGAGGGUAUCAUCAGAUGGGGAUGGGAGUGGGCGGCGGUGGUGGUGGAGGGAUUGGCGGUGGUGGUGGGUCCGGCGGGAGACAAAGGUAGGGCCCGCUCUCAAAGUGACGAGUGUUCAAGUAGUGGUGUAUGAGUAGUGUUACAAAGUGUGUGUUGUACUUGUACUAGGCAUUUUCUUUUAUUCUUUUUCUCCCACCUCUUGCUUUUGUAUUUAUAAAUACUCGUAUUUUAAUUCAA